GGAUUUUUUUGAAUUUUUUUUCGUUCUACAAUCUAAGUUUACUUCUAUCUUUAUAUUUCAACUUCAGAUCUAUCUGAGCUUUUCGCGGGUGGUAGCAACGCGGCGCUUCGCUGGUAUAACCACCACAAACACGACCACAGCAACGACGCGACAACAACAACAACAACGUUGACGACGACGGCCAUUGAUCACCGCGCCGCGCUGAUUGUUAAUAAUUGUUCUACUGAUCGUGUUGCUGCUCACUUGAUCGUUUAAGCGUUUGUAUCGUUUGUGUUCCUUGGGGCACUAUAUUAUUCGUUUGUUCGUUUGUAUCUACAUAAACAUUAUUGUCGUUUGAUUGUCAUCUUCGUUGGGUUUUCGCGAAAUCUUAUAGGGUCUCUGCAUCUACACUAUAAUAACUACACUAUAAAAUAUAUGUAUCUUUUCCCUGGGGGCAGAAAAGAUACUUCUUGGUGUGUCGUUUAGUUUCGAUUUGAAUAGUAGGUACUCCUUUCGUCUUAUAGUGCGCUCGUAUAUCUUGGUGGCGGUUCUGUGCGAUUCAUGUCGUUGUUUUUUUUUAAUGUUUCUUUGAAUUUUUUUCUUUAAAAAUUUAAAAAAAAAUUGAUGUUAAAAAAAAAUAUUAAAUAAAUUCUUGAUCGAUAUCAGGGCGAAAAAAUUCAUUUCAAAUUCAUUGUUAUUUUAACCUCGAAAGCGGUUGCUACAGCCUAGGCUUUGUUUUUAACCAACUCACUAAAAAUGCUGUCUUCGUAUCGCUAUGCGAAGCAUUGCUUCGUUCUAAAAUUGCUCCUCUGAUGUGAAUGAUAAUAAAAAAAAAAAAAAAAAAUACAAAAAGAUUUAUUUCCUCUUCCAAUAAUCAAUAAUUUUUUUUAAUAACGAGAAAAUCGAUCGACUUAAUCAUCAUCACCAUUCUACCCCAAAGGGAACAAAUAAUUAAAUUUAUGAAGACCAUCUUCGAAUAACAGUGACUUUAUUUAAAAACUUAUACCACAACAAUAAAUGGAGACAAGUCGUUAUUUUUCAAAUGAAUGCAACCAAAGUUUUAUGUGUAUGAUUAACAAAAUGCUGCUUAAGGUAGAAAAUACAUUAUUACGGAGCCAUCGACAACGUGAAACAACUGGAAUUAAAAAGCUGUAUAAUUCGUUCUUUGUAUUAUUUUAAUUAAUCGGAGACAAAAAGAAAAAACAGUUAUUAUAAAUAUAAAACUUUUAAAAAAAUCAAAAAUAUAAAAAAAAAUUCUUAAUUUUUGGCGAUAAAAUAAAAAAUAAAA